AUGAGAUCAGCUGCUUUCAUCCUGCUGGCCUGCCUGCUGUCUGUGGAGGUCAAAGGCAUGGCCAUUUCUCCCAGGGGUCGGUGUCAGUGCACAGAUGCUGGUGUCAACUUCAUUCGACCAAAAGAGAUUGAGAAGAUUGAGGUUUUUUCUCCCAGCUCCUCCUGUGAACGCAUGGAAAUCAUUGUUACCCUGAAGGAAAGUGCAGAACAGAGGUGCUUGAAUUCAGAGUCCAAAUUUGCUCAGAAUUUCAUCAAGAAUGCACAGAAGAAAAACAGGAGCCUGGAGUGAAAUGUGUCCUGAAGCAGCAACUCUCAUUUGCAAAAACAUUUAC